AUGUCUGCUGCCAAUGCUGUCUUCAACCAAGUCGAUGCUAACAAAGAUGGACGUGUUGACCUUGGUGAAUUCCGUAACUUCGUUGGUCAAAAUCUCGGUGCUGGUGCUGGUGCUGGCUACGGUGCUAGUUCAUCAUGGGAAUCAGCAUCAUUAGGUGGUGGUGCUGGCUGGGGCGCUGGUGCUGGCUGGGGGGCUGGUGCUGGCUGGGGCGCUGGCGCUGGUUUAGGUGCUGAUGCUUCAAGCUUUGAAUCAGCAGCAUUUGAAUCGUCUGCAUCAGGUGCUGCUCUUGGUGGUGGUUAUGAUGCUUCAUACGUUGUUGGUGGUGGCCUUGCUGGUGGUCUUGCCGGUGGUGCUGCUAGUUAUGAGUCGGUUGCAAGCGGUGCUGGAUUUGCUGGUGAGGGUGCUCUCGUUGCUGGUGGAGCAGCCUUUGAUUCAUCAGCACUAGCAGCCACUCAAGUUCAAUAUGCAGCUGAUGCUCAAGGUCUCUAUCAAGAUCCCAACCCACAAAUCAUUCGCCGUCCAAAUCCAACUGGUGUUCAAACAUAUACACAAAACAUUCGAGUUCAAUUUCUUCAACCACCACCUGUUCCACCCCCAGGUCCACUCAUCAUCAAAGAAGUGCGACCACCUCAACCACCUCUUCCACCACCACUUCGUCUUCGUCAAGUAGCUCCACCUCUUCCUCCACCACCUCCACUUGUUCUCCGUGAACGACCACCACUACCACCACCAGUUAUUGCAUCUCAAACAGUCAUUCGUCGUUUACCUGGUUUACCACUUCCACCACGAUCAGUCAUCAUUGAACGUCUUCCACCUCCUCCACCACGACCACGUGACAUCAUCAUCGAACGUUGGGUUCCAUAUGGACCUCAAGCUAAACGACGUACCCUUCUUCAACGUGCUGCUCCUCCACCACCAUAUCCAGCUCCACGCAAUGUUAUCAUUCAAUAUGAACCAGCUCAAGUCCGCAUUGUUCGUCAAUUCCAACGUCUUGGUGUUGUUGCAGCUAGUCCAGCUGCUUAUGUUCAAACAUAUGGUGCUCAUCUUCUUGAUGCUGCUUCACUUCUUGCACAAGCUCGUGCAGCUGGUGUUGUUGAAGAUAUCUCAGCUCCUGGUUUUGUUGGUUAUAGUGCUGCCGCAUACGGUCAAGAAUCACUCGGUGUCUCAUCAGGCUUAGUUGGUGGUGCUGGUCUUAUCGCUGGAGGUGCUGGUCUUGCUGCUGGAGGUGUUGGUCUUGCUGCUGGUGGGGCUGGUCUUAUUGCUGGAGGUGCUGAAUUAGUUGAUGGAGGUCUUGCUCUUGGUGGUGGACUCAGUUCAGGAUCAUGGGAAUCAUCAGGUAUUGCAACAAGUGGUGCUAGUGGUUGGGAAGGUGGUCUCGUUGCUGGUGGUCUUGGUGCUGGUUAUGGUGCUGGUUAUGGUGCAUCAUGGGGAUCGUCUGGCCUUGCUGGUGGAGCUGAUGCUGCUUUCCUUGCUGCUGAUACCAAUCUUGAUGGUACACUUGAUCAAGGAGAAUUUCGCCAAUUCAUUGGUCACAACCUUUAA